UUGCACAAAGGGCAAAAGGCCCGGUGGAAAAGCCAUGAAAUCAAAUGUGAAACCCCCAAUGUCCUCUUUCUCGCUGGACACGAUUGUAGCGAAAUUCGUGACAGAAUGACCACUAAAGGCCCUGUACAAUCGGUUCAAGUUUUUGGCCGAAAAAAAACUGCCACUGCAGUUGCUCAUUGUAAGAGAGGCAAUGGACUUAUCAAGGUGAAUGGCCGUCCCAUUGAAGGAGUUGAGCCUCAGACACUCCGCUUCAAAAUCCAAGAGCCCAUCAUUCUCUUGGGCAAAGAGAGGUUCUCUGGUGUUGAUAUCCGAGUUCGUGUCAAGGGAGGUGGUCACGUAGCACAGAUCUAUGCUAUCAGACAGGCCAUCUCAAAGUCAUUGGUAGCUUACUAUCAGAAAUAUGUUGAUGAAGCAUCUAAGAAGGAAAUCAAGGACAUUCUAUCAUCAUAUGAUAAAUCAUUAUUGGUUGCUGAUCCACGUCGUUGUGAGCCCAAGAAAUUCGGUGGACCCGGAGCCCGUGCCAGAUACCAGAAGUCCUACCGUUAGAGACUUUAUGUCUGUUAGAGACUUUACGGCGCUACAUGUUCUAUGUAUGAUUUUAUAUGGGAAUAAAGCGGUCUCUGUGAGCUGUGAAUGA